CCGCUUACUCACCGGUUCCGGCGGCCAGCAGUCCCACAGAUGACGUUCAUGUUCUCAAAGCGGAUGCUGCUCACGCGCCCGCUCUCCAUGGCCCCCGGUAACUGGGCCUCCAGCGCUUGCAGCACCUCCAGCCCCUAGAUCAGACAUCCCCUCUCAUUACCCGGCGCGUGGGAACGGGUCCACAGCCCCUUGUCCGCCCUAGAACCCCCAUGGGCUGCCGCCCGCCGCCGCCUCGGCUGCCACCCAGGACACGGCAGAGAUAAGCGCAGCCUCCUCUCAUUUAUGUGCUCAUUGAACCUUCCCUUAUGAACCCAUGUCUGUCUGCCCAGCCCUCCUCUCUCCUUUUGUCUAUCUGCGAUCUCUAGCCAUCAUCUACUGUCCUUGCCCACCCAUUCAUCCUCCCAUUCGACCAUUUCUCUUUCAAAGAUAUUUCUGCCCACACUCCUGCCUGCCCCUCUUCACCGUCUCUCGUCCUCUUGUCUCUCAAGCCCCCGUGAAUUAAUUACACCUCGGUUCAUUCCUUGUCACUGUCCAUCCCAAGUCUCAAUCCCUGACUUUCCUUCUGCCUGCCUGUUCACCUCUCCAUCUCUUCGGAGCCUCAGUCUGCCCUUCACAUUAUCUCUGUCUCCCCUCCCUGUAUCUCUCCCUCCCUCAACUUGGUCCCCAUCUCUGCAUCUCCAUCUCUUCACCCCCAGCUCCCACCAUACCUAUCCACCUCCUAUCUCUCUACCCGCAUCCAUCCUUCUCUCCUGGCCCUCCCUGCGUCUACCCCAGUCUGGCCUCCUUGAUCCCUGGACCCUCCAACUGCUUUCCUACCCUAAGCCCCUGUCAUCCUGCUCCUGCCGUCUCAAAUGCUUUUCUUUAAAAUGCUUUUCCCACCCUGGCGCCACUGCCCACCGCCUGUGGCUGGCUCCAUGUCAUCCUUAAGGUUUGGGAGAGCCCUCCCUGACCGCCCCCCUCUGAGUUCCUUUGUGACACAUCCUCCAGCUGUGUCCUGUGGAGCGCUUCUCACAGACAGUCUGAGAGUGACUGGUUUGUGUGUGUGUUUUUGUUUGCUUGUUUACUCUGUGUCUCCUCUCAUUGGAUUGUGACACCAGGAGGUCAGGGAACUCCAGGACCUUGUUCUCUGCUGGAUUCGCAGCAACCAGCACAGCACGUAGGGUGUACUUGGUGCUGGAUGGAUGUUUGUUGAAUGAACGAAUGAUGAAUGGCUGGCACCUUGUCUGCUCAUCCUUAACUCCCGUUCCUUCAUCUGUGCAGCCCUAAUCUUUGUUUCCUCAUCUGUCCAUCCCUUUAUUUGUGCAUCCUCAUUCUUAGCCCCUUCCCUGCCCUUCUCCGUCUCUUCCUCCUUGUUCAUUUGUCCCUGUUCUCUGUCCUCUACUCCACUCAUGCCCAUCUCUGUCCCCUUGACUUACCCAGUCCCUGUUACUAUCUCCGUCCAUAAUUUCUGCCCUCUUGUCUGUCCACUCCUAAUUCCUUUUCCUUGUCCAUCUCUCCCUAAUACCUGUCACCUUAUCCUUCUUCCUCGAAUCUCCAUCCCUAAUCCAUCUGCCCCUAAUCUCUGUCCCCUUUGCCCAUCCUUCCUUUGCUCGGUGUCUCGUUCCACCCUUAUCUCUGCACCUGCCCACCCUGCACUCCCAUUCUGUUUCCCAUCUGCACCCUUGCCCCAUCCCUCCCACGCACAGGACCUGACGGCCACCAUGUCAGGAGACUACGAGGAUGACCUCUGCCGGCGGGCACUCAUCCUGGUCUCGGACCUCUGUGCGCGGGUCCGAGAUGCUGACACCAACGACAGGUGCCAGGAGUUCAAUGACCGAAUCCGAGGCUAUCCCCGGGGUCCGGAUGCAGACAUCUCCGUGAGCCUGCUGUCGGUCAUCGUGACAUUCUGUGGCAUUGUCCUUCUGGGUGUCUCUCUCUUCGUGUCCUGGAAGUUGUGCUGGGUGCCCUGGCGGGACAAGGGAGGCUCGGCAGUAGGCGGUGGCCCCCUGCGCAAAGACCUAGGCCCUGGUGUCGGGCUGGCAGGCCUGGUAGGCGGCGGCGGGCACCACCUGGGGGCUGGCCUGGGUGGCCAUCCUCUGCUGGGCGGCCCACACCACCAUGCCCAUGCUGCCCACCAUCCACCCUUUGCUGAGCUGCUGGAGCCAGGCAGCCUGGGGGGUUCUGACACCCCUGAGCCCUCCUACUUGGACAUGGACUCGUAUCCAGAGGCUGCAGCAGCAGCAGUGGCCGCUGGGGUCAAACCGAGCCAAACAUCCCCUGAGCUGCCCUCUGAGGGGGGAGCAGGCUCGGGGUUGCUCCUGCUGCCCCCCAGUGGUGGGGGUUUGCCCAGUGCCCAGUCACAUCAGCAGGUCACAAGCCUGGCACCCACCACCAGGUACCCAGCCCUGCCCCGACCCCUCACCCAGCAGGCUCUGACCUCCCAGCCAGACCCCAGUAGUGAGGAGCGGCCACCUGCCCUGCCCUUACCCCUGCCUGGCGGCGAGGAAAAAGCCAAACUCAUUGGGCAAAUUAAGCCAGAGCUGUACCAGGGGACUGGCCCUGGUGGCCGGCGGAGCGGUGGGGGCCCAGGCUCUGGAGAGGCAGGCACAGGGGCACCCUGUGGCCGCAUCAGCUUCGCCCUGAGGUACCUCUACGGCUCAGACCAGCUGGUGGUGAGGAUCCUGCAGGCCCUGGACCUCCCCGCCAAGGACUCCAACGGCUUCUCAGACCCCUACGUCAAGAUCUACCUGCUGCCUGACCGCAAGAAAAAGUUUCAGACCAAGGUGCACAGGAAGACCCUGAACCCUGUCUUCAAUGAGACGUUUCAAUUCUCGGUGCCCCUGGCCGAGCUGGCCCAACGCAAACUGCACUUCAGCGUCUAUGACUUUGACCGCUUCUCGCGGCACGACCUCAUCGGCCAGGUGGUGCUGGACAACCUCCUGGAGCUGGCCGAGCAGCCCCCUGACCGCCCGCUCUGGAGGGACAUCGUGGAGGGUGGCUCGGAAAAGGCAGAUCUUGGGGAGCUCAACUUCUCACUCUGCUACCUCCCCACGGCCGGGCGCCUCACCGUGACCAUCAUCAAAGCCUCUAACCUCAAAGCGAUGGACCUCACUGGCUUCUCAGACCCCUACGUGAAGGCCUCUCUGAUCAGCGAGGGGCGGCGUCUGAAGAAGCGGAAAACCUCCAUCAAGAAGAACACGCUGAACCCCACGUAUAACGAGGCGCUGGUGUUCGACGUGGCCCCCGAGAGCGUGGAGAACGUGGGGCUCAGCAUCGCCGUGGUGGACUACGACUGCAUCGGGCACAACGAGGUGAUCGGCGUGUGCCGCGUGGGCCCCGACGCUGCCGACCCGCACGGCCGCGAGCACUGGGCAGAGAUGCUGGCCAACCCCCGCAAGCCCGUGGAGCACUGGCAUCAGCUAGUGGAGGAAAAGACUUUGACCAGCUUCACAAAAGGCAGCAAAGGACUAUCAGAGAAAGAGAACUCCGAGUGAGGGGUCUGGCCUAGGCCCGGGAUCGGACCAGGCUCCCUCAGGACCCCAUCCUUUCCUGCCCGGACCGUGAAUUCAUCUCCUUGAAGCCAUAACGUCCGAGCUGCUGGUGCAGGGCAGCCCUGGCCCUAGGCUUCCUACCCCUGGAAGCGAGAGGAUGAGAGGAGGCCGGCCCAGCUCCUUCUUUCAGGGUGGGGGGCAUUCAGCCUCCACUGUGUCUGUCUUUUCUUUCCUGGGGCUCCCCCUCGAGGCGAGGGGCCAUGCAUGUCUGGGGGACCCCUGCCCCCCAAAACCCUCUGUCUGUCUCUGUCUCUUUGCUGUUUGUCCAAGACUCGGUGUCCCGACCCUUGUUCUCACCGUGAACGUCAAUGGGCCAAUCCUCUUCUGUCCUUUCAGACACACACACACCUGUGUCCACCCCUUCUGUUCGCCACACCCCGCGUCCGGCCGGUCCCCCCACUGCUGCUGCUAUCAACGCCAGAAUAAACACACUCCGUGGGUCUCACUCCA